UAAACACAAAAUUGAUAUCCGAGGAAGACGUGGGCAAACUUUAUACAGACAGCAGUAAAAUAAUGGAGGACUGGAUGUCGUGCACAUUGUGUAGAACGGGAAGACAAGGACUUGAUGUAUUACAGAGGGCACAACAGCGUAAGGUAGAAUGGCCUCAACAGCCUCAUCAUGAAAAGUCACCAAUACAGGAUCCAAUGAAGUUUACCACAAUUGAUGAUGCUUUUUCAAGUAUCCUCCAGUAUAUGUCGACCACGACUAGACAGUGUCGGAGAUAUUACAGGAGUGCUCCACCUGCUCAGCAUAAUCCAUUAGACAAACAACACACCAAGAGAUUCCACACUCCACAAUAUACUGAGGUUCACAAAAAACACCCAUUACUGAGAUCUGAGGAUGUCCACGUCAUGGUCGCCCCAGGGACCUAUGCUGUGACCGCCGGCGCUUGGGGUACAUCUCAGCAACAGACGCAUGUGGUCCAUGUCAACCAGGGGCAAAGUGUGGAUCUCGAUUUUGUUCUCUAGCAAUAGACGUUCCUGUUGUUUUUUGUAAAGUAACUUUAAAGAGGGACUCCAUGAUCAAAUGAAGUUUUGUGAUUCACUCAUUUUUCAAUAGGUAGGGUCAUUACGAAAGUUGAAUAGCACCUACAAAUUCUUCUUUGGAUUGUACGUUUAAACUUUUUGCUAUGAACACAAGGUUGGAAACUUGUAAUUUUUCCCCACUUUCAUGAGGACUCUAGCUAUUUAAAAUUGAGUGCCUCAAAAAAAUUAAUUUUGACAUUAAAGCCCCUCUUGAAAAAUCUCUGAGAAAUUCGAGCUUUUAGUUUUAUUCCUUACAUGAAGAAGAGUUGAUUGGAUUUUGCGAGGGAGUUGGAUCUGAUUCAAAGGCAAUUCUGGUGCAACUGAGAGUGUUUACACCAGGCUCACGCCUUAUUUUAUAUGCUUUGAACUGAAGGUGGUUCUAAAAGACAGUGGACACUAUUGGUAAUUUUUACAGACCAGUCUACUUACUUGGUGUAUCUCAACAUUUACAUAGA